GGCUCGCAAAGGCACACGGAACGAGUUUCGCGCUCUCUGUCGAGAUGCCUCAUAUUCUAAUCUGUGGUACAAUAGUGGUAGCAUCCAUGGUGCUUCUAUUGGAUGCAAGUGUAUCAAAUGUCGAAACGGUGGAUAUAUGCUCUCUCUGUCGUUGUUUGGAGGAUGCUGAGGAUGGGGAUACAAUGAUAGUGGAAUGUGUAGGAAAAAGUCCUUCCCACCAGCAGCACGCUUCACAGCACUAUCUGGAUUUGCACCAUACAGUUUGGCCGGUUGUAAGCGAUUCGAAAAACGGUUUGCCAAAAGUGCGCGCCUUCUUCAACAAUAUGGAAUUGAAGUAUUUACCCGCACUACCCGUCAGCUCAAACGUGGUGGAAUUAAGCUUCCGCAAUAAUGGAAUUGAGAUGCUCGCCAACGAACCUUUUGCUAAUUUCAAAAACUUGCAAAAAGUUACACUUACUGAUAAUCAUCUUGGUGUAAUCCAGAAAGAUUUCUUCGCUUAUAGGAACCAUCUCACUCAUUUGGAUCUAUCCAACAAUUCUCUAACGGUGAUAACGGCCCUUGAACGAGCUCGGUUCAACAGCCUGCAAUCGAUUGAUCUAUCCAACAACAACUUGAAAAUCGUGUCAAUUCAACUGUUAAAUGUUCUGCAAAACGCUAGUGUUGUUCGCAUAGAGGGUUGUGAAAUCUACAGCUGGGACCACGGUGGCGAACUGGGUUGGAAGGUAUUACACUUAGGUUGGAAUAAACUGACAGCGAUUUUAGCUGGUACAUUUUCAAAUUUGAGACAAUUAGAAGCACUUUAUCUCAACAACAACAACAUUCGUGUCAUCGAUCCGCAGGCAUUCGAUGAUCUCGUUCGACUAGAGCGGUUGGAUAUUUCCUACAAUGAAAUCACAAACCUCGAUGCGAACAUGCACCUCCCCUUGGGACUUCAAAUGAUCAAUGUGGCUGGGAACGGUAUGGAGUUGUGGCCGUUCGAAAAAAUUCCCUCCACUCUACGGAUACUGGAGAUUCAGGACAACCAUCUUCCGGAUCUAAGCAUCGGACAGUCGGUUAAUGUGCUCAUUCUGAACGCCAGCAGCAAUCGAUUCGAGUCAUUCUUUGGUGGUUCGUUUCCCGAGCUAACAGAACUAGAUUUAUCAUUUAAUGCCCUAACGGGCAUACCGCGCAAUCUGGGAAAACAAUUAGUGUCGUUGAUUUUGGACGGCAAUCCCAUAGACCGAGUUUUCUUUGAGGAUGAAGUGAUGCUAAGGCGACUCUCGCUGAACAUGAUGCCUAUUUUGGAACAACUUGAUGCGCUAAGCUUUUGGAAAUUGGUUGAACACGAGGAUGGAACCGAGCAUAGUUGUGUUGAAGUGAGCAUUUCCAACUGUCCAAAAUUGCGCCAUAUUGAUCCCAAAGCAUUUGAUGCGACAACUUUGUGCAUGCUCGAUCUCAGUUACAAUCAGUUGACUUCCAUUCCCCGAGACCUGGCAGAUUGGAACCGUAUGCCUGGUGGAGUUAAUCUCCAAGGAAACCCAUGGGAUUGUAGUUGUUCCGCCAAGUGGCUUGUUGAUGAAGUCCUUCCUGCCUUAUACGAUCGAGAAGAGCUCCAAUAUCUCCUGGACGAUUUUCGCUGCAGCAGUCCGAGCAGCCGGAACGGUACUCGGAUGGUAAAGUAUCUGAAUCACGUUGAUGCAUUCUGCGGCGGGCCAAGAAUGGAGAGGCUACAAAUGGCUGGAUCGCCGGCAGCAGUGCGCGAUUCGGAUGGAACGGUGCGAGCAGGAUUUGCUAGCGACAUAAUUUGCUCCGUAGAUGAUCCGGAAUGCUUGCAUGCUCACGAAGGGCUAGGAUUGGUGAUAGUUUGUAGUGUAGUUGCGUUUACGCUGAUUUUGUGCCUCGCGAUGGUGAUCUUCAUUGUCAUUCGAAGGAAGCGGGAUCGCCGGAAGAGUUCCACAGAUAGCGUGUGGUUAAUGCAUCAAAAAUAUUAAUAAAAUAAGUACCUUUUUUAUGAUUCGCUUAUUUCUACAGGCUCAGUUACCUAGGUUUUAACCCUUUCACGUACAACAUCGAGUCUCACUCGAUGUGAAAUGAUUGUGCCAAAACGUACAACAUCGAGUCUCUCUCGUGGUGCGCUUGCAUAUCACAUGGCGCCAAGACGCUCAGCAGAGUAGUAAAAUUACUCGAUGCGUGACCCAUCGAAGCGUUUGCAUUUGAUCCGAUCUUUUGAAAAUUAAAUCGUACGCGAAGGGGUUAAGGAGUCAAACUCUUAAAUAUAUAUGUGUACUAACAUAUACGAACAUUCCAUAAUUAUGUGGUUAGUAAGUUAGGAAACCGAAUACUCGCGGUCGACUCGAGUUUAGAAAAAUGACAUAUUUUUUCAGGAAAAAUAGGGAACAUAAGGAGAUUGAAACAAUGUUGAUGAUUACACUUA